CCUUUCACUCCUCUCAUCACUUCGCCUGGUCGACAGACUGGACGCACCAUCUCACGCUCCGGGAAUGGGAUCUUUACUGGGUUCAAAGAAAAACUUCCAAUUCUUUCGAGUUUAUGCUCUGCAAAAGUUACUUUUCAAAUUGCAGGGAUAGUUGUUACUGCAGGUGCAGGGUGACAGCAACACAGAGCAGCUGGCUAAUGAUCUCCAAGACGCACCAGAAGUUGUGAGAGAGUCGCAGGAGCUAGGAAUCAGCAUAGAAUCAUAAAGUAGGCUCUGCUUAACGUGAUUAGUCAGAUACCCUUGCAUACCAAAGUUACUUCAGUCGAAGUGUGAACAAAGUGAGUGUGCGUAAAGUUGGAGCUGUUGAGAACGGCUAAAAGUAACUUUUAGGGGGAGGCUAAUGCAAGGAGGUGGGGAAAAAUCCAGUAACUUUUAGUAACUUUUAAAAUCAGUAAGAAGUGUCAUCAACUUAACAACCAUGGCAAAAUGGUUCAGAGAUUUCCCCAUCAACCUGAAGAACGGAAAUGAAAGAGUGCGCUCAGCCUCCGAAUCUGGUCCACAAACUCGACCCAAACCUUCAUUUUCACGAGACAGUUUGAAAGGAAAUCAGCGCAGAGAUGGGGGAGUGGGGGGUUUGUUGGCAGGGAGAAAUAGAAAGAAUUCGGCUACAGAACUGGGUCGUAACAAUGCUGGUUCUGGUGGAACAGUCUGGGACAGUCUCACGGCUGGAAAAGGUCGCAAGAACGCCAAGAGCGACACCGGGUCAUCGGAUGAGAACCGCCAGGUCAGGACCUCUAGUGUGGCUCAAGCGUACAUCAGCAGGAUGAUCAAAGUGGACAAACAAGAAAAGACCCCCAAACUCAAUGGGAUGUGUCAACAGAAGCUACCUGAGAACGAGAAAGGACGAUCUGACAUUAAAACAACGCUGAUUAUCCUGGAGGACUAUGCAGAUCCUUUUGAUGCGGAGAAAACCAAGGAGCAGAGAGAAGCCGAGAGAGCAGGAGUGAAUGAUGGGUACAUGGAGCCUUAUGACGCCCAGGUCAUCAUCACAGAGGUUCGUAGACGGGGCUCCAAAGACCUCCUGAAAGUGUGUGUCCUGUUGGAUCGAGGCCAGAGCGAGGGGAAGGCAGAAGAGGGAAUGCCUGCACCCCCAAACAUCUAUGACAUACCCUACGAAGGAGGACUGGAAGGCGACAGUGAGGGCGUGUGGAUCCCUGUCACACGACCGGAGUCUGAUGUCCGUCCAGCUGGAGAGUACGAGCUGCCGUGGGAGUGGAGAAAGGAGGACAUUGUUAGAGCACUGUCAGCUCAGUUUGAAGCGGUGGAUUGUUCUCUCAGUAAAGAGAACAAUUCGACCCCUGGUCGCCAGCAGCAGCAGCAGCAGCAACAACAACAGCAGCAGCAGCAGCAGCAGACCCUGAGGCAGAGGAACUGGAGCCAUAAAACACUUGUCUCCUCUUCUCCUUCAUCUUCCUCCUCCUCUUCCUUUCCAUCUUCUCCUAUUCUUAAACUCGCCCCUCUUACACAGCCAUCUUCCUCCUUUCCUACCCUCAAGCUCUCACCCUCGUCCAGCCCUACCAAACUUUCCCCUCCAUCUCCUACCUCUCCCAUUCCCCCACUGGAUGGGGAGGCGAACAAAAUGGACCCCAGCGUGCCCCUGGAGAAGCAGAGCUGGUACCAUGGCAGUGUGAGUCGGCAGCAGGCUGAGGCUCAGCUGCAGCGCUGCAGGGAAGCCAGCUUCUUGGUGAGAGACAGCGAAUCAGGAACCAGCAAAUACUCUAUUGCUCUGAAGACCAGCCAAAGCUGCGUGCACAUCAUUGUGGCUCAGACUAAGAGCAGUAAGGGCUUGUGCUACACGCUGGAUCAAAGCAGCUGCGUUUUCUCCAAUAUCCCUGAGCUGGUCUACCACUACUGCACACACAGACUGCCUUUCACUGGAGCAGAGCACAUGACCCUGCAGCAUCCUGUGCCCAGGCCACACUGAAGAUACACAAAGAAAGACACACUCAGACACAAACACACAUACUCGCACACAUGCACAGACAUUUAGACACAACUCUGCACAGGCACGUACAUAAAUAUGUUGAUAUAUGUGCACACACACACACUCAAAGACAUGCUGCUUUGGAUUCUCUUUUCUGCCCUUACAGUUUAUAGUUUUUAUCACCAACAUGCGCUACCUAGUGGUCGAAAUCAGACACUACAAGUAAAGACCUGAAUAUUUUACCAUUUAAACCAACAAGGCUUUGAUUCCUGAAAUCACCACCUGAAAUGAUAUGUGUAUCUAUAAAUGAAAUUUCAGGUGGACUCCCCUUUGCCUUCAAAUCUGACUUAAUUCUUCAUGGCAUAGAUUCAACAAGGUGCUGGUAACAUUCCUCAGAGAUUUUGGUCCAUACUGACCUGAUUGCAGUACAGAGUUGCAACAGAGUUGUCAUUUCUAGUGAUUUGAACAAUGCUCAGUUAGUACUACGUGGGCCAAAGCGUGCCCUUAAAUACCAUUACACCAACACCACCAGCCUCAACUGUUGAUAUAAGGCAGGAUAGAUGCAUUCUUUAUCCCACUGUUUUGCUAUAUUCUGACACUACCAUCAGAAAUUGAGACUAAUCAGACCAGGCAACAUUAUUCAACCUGUUGUCCAGUUGUGGUGAGCUUCUGCAAACUGUAGCUUCAGGUUCCUGUUGUUAGCUGACAGGAACACUAGGACCAGCCCAUCAAGCACCAAUAUUUGAGCCACAACCAAAGUCACCUUCUUAAGUCACCUAUUUCCCCGAUUCUGAUGCUCAGUUUGAACUUCAGCAGCUUGUGUUGACUAUGUGUACAAACCUAAAUGCAUUUGGCCGGUGCUACGCAAUUGGAUGAUUAGAUACAUUAACAAGCAGUUGGACAGGUGUACCUAAUAAAAUGGCCGACUCUUGUUAGUCUCUCAGUGUGGUCGAUACACCCAAUUGGAAUACAUUCACUCAUCCAUCUGACAUGUCAAUCAGCCUAUUGAGCUAUUCUUAAAACUGGGCACAUUUGCCGACCACUUCUAAUGUCAAGAGAAAGAGCUUUAUUGAUUGGAUGAUUAAACCUGGUGUAGCGAGAGGAGUCUUAUCACAUUAAAGUGCCCUGUCAGCAAAAAUGGUUUUAGUAUGUAUAAGUGUUCUCUACUGCAAAUAUGUGAAUAUCAGCCUUUAUUUACCUUCCUUCACAAUCAAUUAAAUACUGUAUGAAUUAUGACUUAAAAUCUGUCUUCCUUUGCUGUGAAUGACCUGCACCUGUGCAUAAACACUACAUGUAUGGAGCGAUUGUUGGCUAUCCACUGUUUUUUUGCAUCCCUGUUGCAAUGUUGUGAUCUGUAUAUUAAUGCUGUAAAACAUUUAUUCGGUAAAUAAAGUACAAUUCAUUUUGAGUGAAGAAAAAUAGUGUUAUUCAUAGAUACAGAGAUUGCCAGGAGCAAAAAGUCAAAGGAGGGGGGGUUCAAGGAAAAAGGCAAUAUGACAGAGAUGAGAAGCUAACCAGAGUAAAUCUGCUGGCUGUUCUUCUGUAGCUAGAAAACCCAUUGACCUGAGUUUGAAAUCAAAACAACACACACACGCAUGCAUGCAUGCACAUAUUUGUCAUAAACAAAUUACUGACAAACAUGAGCACACAUACACCCAGAAUGCAUAUGUAACUAGUGCACACAUAAAUAGCAUUUACUCACACAACCCCAAAGGUGCCAUAUUUAAAUCCUUGCCAACACACGCGAAGCUACUCACAAAACAGGAAAAAGCUUUACCCUCGCAGUGACGCAUGGAAGCGUGUGUUUGUGCUAAGAUAUGUCUUACCAGCAAACACCAGUGUGCUGAGUUGCAUGAGCAUCUCUUACAGAAUGUGUGUGCAUGACUGCAUGUGCAAGCAUGAGCAUGUGCACCCAUGUGUACACACAGUUCCGCUCUGUCACUGUGUGUGCGUAUUUGCGUGUGUGUGUGAGAGAGACAUUUUUCUGUUCAGGGAUUACCAUGUUGCCAUGGUGAUUAGUUAGAGUGAGGUAGUGCUGUCCCUACAGGGAAUGAUGAGAGGGAGGAGAGAGGAAGAGGGAGGAGAGACAGGCUGCA